AUGGAAGAUUCAAAAUCCCUUACUCCAGAUGAGGAAUCUCACAUCCCGGGUACUAUUAUAGAAAUCAAAUCUAAAUCCCCUCGAUCGGUUCGUUGCGAGACCGAGCCGGACGAGGCUUUGAUCGGGAAACACAAGUACUCGAAGGUGUACGAGUUUGCCAAUCCUUGUUCAAGAUGCGCCAAUACUGGUCGUACCUGUGUGACUAGUGGCACAAAAUCCGUCAAGUGCGAGUGGUGCAGGGUUUCGAAGAUACCUUGUGAUGUCAAUGGAGUGGAAACUGUCCAAUUCCACUGGCUGCGAAAUGGAGCCCUCUUUCCUGAUUCGAGAUUCGACACCAAGACUAAAGCAUCGAGCACUGAUCUCCCUGACGAAAUCUCCCUGUUGGAUCCGGAAGACGAAGCUAGGGUUGAUGAUUGGUCAACAAGGACACAAGAUGUCAAUCCUCUCGAUCCUAGUCCACUGCAAAAUUUCGGUGUGGAGAUACCUUUGGCUAGGAAAUCGGGGUCAAGGAUCAUCCAGGAUGACAUAAGGGCCGACCAAUAUCUUGAACGUGUAAUGGGAUGGCGACGAAGCUCUGAGGCACCACCCUUCCGCCCCUUGGGCUUCAACACGAUGCCUGUUGAGGAGAGCCUGGACCCAUCGAACAAGAGACCUAACCAGGAUUCCGCUAGAUCUGACGAAGGAGAGGAUCGACCCACACGAAAAAUCAGAGUCAAGCUUCGAAACCCCCCAAGGGUGGAGGACGACGAGCCCUCAUCCCCUAUUGCUCAUUCGAUGCCUCGAAGUUCCCAUCCACAGCCCUCUCAACUCUCCUCGGCUCCGGCUCGAUCCCUCCCUCCACCUUUGAUCGGACGUGCUAUUUCACCAGUUGCUGCGCCCCCUCUUUCGAACCUCGCAAGUCGCCGCGCUUCACAUGCUACUCCUACACCCUCGAACCUAGGGUCGAAUAAAAAUGCUUCUUCUCAGCCUCCGCACUCCCGUCAAAGCCCUGUAAUUCUUGAAAGUUCUCCACCCCCUGCUUCGCCAAACACUCCAAAAAAUCCUUUAUCUCAACUUUCUUCAACAUUGGAAAGCGAGAGACGAACCAACGAACAACUCCAAUAUCCAGGUGAUGAUCAGAGAAGAAGCGAUGGACAAGUCAAUCCAGAUGAAGCUGUGAGAUCCACUGGAAAACAUGGACAAGCCGCAAAUGAUCAUACGAGAUUGAACAAGGCAGUAGGAGCUUCUGGAAAUGAAUUAGAGCGCCAAUUUUCUCUUGCACCCGAAUUUUUACACGGCGGAAACCAGCAGCCCGAAAAUGCUCAGAAAGAUCGGGGCGAUGAGAUGGAUUCAGAUGAUAGCUCUGUAGACUGGGGUGUAGUCGAGCCCAACAAUUUUGAUGGUAACAUGGUGGCGGAGCAGAUGAAGAAGGGAGCAAAAGAUAUGGAGAAAUUCAUGGCCAGCAAAAUGUUGGAAAUUGCUGCUUUGAUACCAGCCGGUCAUAACUUUAAUAAUUUCAUUGCUAUGCGUAAAUCGAUACAAGAUAAGUGGAAAGGAUAUAAGGAAACAGUAAAUGAGGCUGUCAAGCCUUUACAAAAAUUAUAA